AUGGGUAACUAUAAAAUAUUAAUGGCCAGCUUUGCUUGUUUUGAUAUUUACUUCUCGAUUGUACAAGUGAUAACUGUACCUAAUUUUCACAUUUAUCGUCACUGUUUUGUCGCGUUUUCAUUGGGUCCUUUAUUGAAGGGAAAUCGUUUCGAGAGUGAAUAUCUUGGAUUAACUCUAUAUUGUUGUGCAUAUGCAAUGUGUCUCAUUUUACUCACAUAUCAUUUCAUUUAUCGAUAUUUAUUGAUUUGCAAUCAACAUUUCAUGUAUCUUUUCAACGAAAAGAAAUAUUUUCUUUGUUGGUAUAUUAUCUGGAUAUUUCUUGCCUUUUUAUGGGGUCUUGCUAUUCGUUUAUCGAUGUAUCAUUGGCCUCAAUUGGUGGAUUAUGUUCGAAUGGAGCUUCUAAAAGAAUAUGCAGUUCACGUGGAUCAAUCAGGGAUUAUGGGACCAUUAUACUUUCUUGAUGGUCCAAAUGGUACCUUGAAAAUUUCAUGGAGAGCUUUUGUUGGAUCUGCAUUUUGUGUUUCUCUCAUGGGUUGUUGUUUCAGCGCCAUUUUGUUUUGUGGUCUCAAAGUUUAUUUGACGCUCGAGAAAAGUUCGAUGAGUGAAAAAACAAAGAAAUUGCAAUGGGAUCUCUUUAAAGCUUUACUUGUACAGUUUUCCGUGCCCGCACUUUGUGAAUUUAUGCCUGGUGGCCUGAAUUUUAUUUGUCCAAUUUUUGCAAUUCCAUUGGGUCGAUGGUCGAAUUAUUCAGGAAUAAUUGCUUCUCUCAAUAAUAUAAUCGAACCAAUUUGUAUGCUUUAUUUUGUGAAAGAUUAUCGAUAUGUUCUUUUGAAAAUAUUGAGGCUCAAAGUCACACUGAUUUUCCGAUCGGAACAAAUGAGAAACACUUUGAAG